AUGUCAGACCCAUUUGCCGACCUUUUGACCUCAUUCAAAAACGGUAAGGAUAAUGCCAAGAGUGAACCAACAAAAUCUAACAUAUCUGCCACCCAAAAACCAGCCAGCGCUUCUCCUAAUAUAUCGCAGUUAUCUAUAACACCAUUAGUUCCAAGUCCGUCCCCCAAUGUAUCAAUUCAUGAUGAUUUUGAUGACCUUUUUGGAGUAUCCUUAGGUCAAAAUGGAACCAAUACGAUUGUUCCCAAGCAAACCGUGAAGACAGAAACUGAUGACAUCGACGCUGCAUUUAAUGUGUUUCAGGCUACACCAAGUCAAUCAAUAAAACCUGAAGCAUCUGCUCCUAACGAUAUAGACAGAGAUGAGGAAGAAUAUGUUGUAGAUGAGGUAAAAGAUAUGGAAGUUGCCAGGUUAAUGUCCUUGGGACUUUCAAUCGAUGAGGCUAACGAUCACUAUGAUAAGGGAAUAUUAUAUGAAAAUUUGUUGGCUAAGAUGAAACAAAACCAAAGACAGAAAGAGAGAAGGAAAGUUGAAACCCAACCAACAAAGAGGAAUUCCAACCCACCAUCUGCGAAUAAUAGAUUAAACGACAGAUUCGAUAAUACUUAUGCAAACAUCCGUGAUUCAAGAACACGAGGUGGUGACCUAUUUUCAAUGGCAACUGAUUUUCUUUAUAAGGGAAAAGAAUUUGUAGAUCAAUUAAUUGCAUAUCCAGAGGAAAAUAAUCGAUUGUUGAAUUACAGAGACGAAGGGGCCCAACAAGGAUUUUCCUACAAUCCAAUAUCUCCUUCUAGACCUCAAAACUCUCUGAGUAGGAUAGAUUCAUCUAGUUCUUCCUUUGAAGAUGCUGAUACUCCUCUAGGUGGCUCUUCCCUACAGAAUCAACAGCUACCUGAUGAUAGUUCAUCGUCCAUCUUAUACACAUCUAGAAGAGACAAGAAAAAUGCUGCUGCAAUACAGAAAGACACCAAACAAGAUAUUCUUUUAGAUGACUUUAAUUCAACUGCAAAUGGUUCACAAUCCCCAUCCAUAUCCUCAUCAUCUAAAAUCAAUACUGUUGGCACCCCCAGCACCACUUUGCUAGACUUUGACGAUGAUUCUAGUUUUAAUGCUUCAAACACCCCUUUCGUAAAUGGUAAUAAUAACAUUAAUAAUAAUGUUAACUCUUCUUUACCGGUCAUUCCAAUAUCACAUAUAGAGUUAUCCGGGUAUGCCGAGUUCAGGAAUCGUGGUACUCAAUAUUUCAAAAAUGGAGAUUAUGUUUCCUCUUUCCAAGAAUAUGAGAAAUCCUUGAACACAUUACCAGUGAACCACCCCUUAAGAAUAAUUGCGUACUCCAACAUUAUCGCAUCAGAAUUGAAAAUAGGUGAAUAUUCCAAGUCGUUAAAAAAUUCAAGUUCUGCAUUGGAAAUGUUCCCCGAUGACACUGCACAAUGGACUGCUGUAAUCCAGGAUAGUGAUCCACAGAGAACAUAUAAGGAUAUAUGGCCCAAAGUGAAGUUGAGGCAAGCUGAGGCGCUAGAACAUAUUGAGAGUUUCAAGGCUGCACUAUCUUCAUAUCAAGAAUUGAUUGAGAAGGGAUUCGCAAAUGACAAGAUCAUGGAUGGGAAAAGAAGAUGCCAGAAGGUCUUGAAUCCAACGCCCCCUCCUGUGGUGAAGACACCUCGUAUUUCUACACCAAAACAAUCCCCCUCACCUGUGCCUAGGAAAGCCACUUCAAAUUCAAAGGAUGCAGUAUAUGAAUCUGUAGAAAGAUUGAAGAAAGAAAACGCUACUUCUCAAGAGGUGGAGAAACAGAAAUUGGCAUUAUAUGACAAAGUAUUUGCCAAAGUUGAAACCUGGAAGAAUCGAAAAGAUACAGAUAUUCGUCAUUUACUUGCAAACCUUUCAAUUGUUUUGACGUGGUGUGAUUGGAAGCCAGUAGCAGCUUCUGAUCUAGUUAUGCCCAAGAAAGUGAAAAUUACUUAUAUGAAGGCAGUUGCAAAGACUCAUCCUGAUAAGGUUCCUGAAUCUUUGGAAUUAGAGAACAAAAUGAUUGCCGAGAACGUUUUUAGUGUACUAAGUGUGGCCUGGGAUAAAUUUAAGAUUGAGAAUAAUAUGAGUUGA